UUGGAGCUCCGCCACAGAGUAAGUUGGGGUUGUUAGCGGACCGUCCGGGUGGUGCGGGGAUUUUAAGGGGUGUGCUUGCGGACCCUCCUCUUCUUGGCGGGGAUCGGGCGUGCGGUCCCGGUCCCCGUAAUGUACGGAGGCAGAAGGAAAGGGCUCCGGCCCCCUCGGCGUCAUGUCUUCGGUGCCGGCGGCUUUCAGUCCGCCGGUUCUAUCCUCACGCGCCGGGACACGGCUCCAAGAAGCAAGGCAGAACUGAGGUUCAUUGGGCUCUUUCCUGACAUGCUCACGCCUUCUCCUUUCACGCCUUCUCCUUUGAUUUCAGGUCUGAAGCCGCCCCAGGAGCCGGAGCUGUAGUGUCCCCUCCCGUUUCACUUUCGUUGCAACCAAUAAAGGCCUUUGGUACCCUAGUAGGUGUAUGUCCGCCUUUUUUCCGAGGCUGUUGUUAGGGAAGCUGUACGCGUUAUAUUCCGCAAAGCGGAUUUUGCAAAUCUUCCCUUGGACCUCAGGCUUCUGCCGGCGAAAUUUCGCAGGUCUCCGGCUGACCUUGCCGGCACCUCUGGAUGGCUGCCCUGCGCCGAACCCUCCACAUGGCGACCCUGCCUGCGGGGACGCGCCGCGCCUUGGCGGCGUUUAGAUAGAACUCGGGCGCCGGAUGACGUGCCUUUCUUCGCUCGUGUCCACAGGCUCCCUGGCCAGUAGCUGCUUAGCGGACCGCAGCCUCUGGGAUAAGCUCCACGCCCAGCCCCGUCUGGGCAGCGUCCCCACCUUCGAUUGGUUCUUUGGGUAUGAGGAAGCCCAGGGGCUCCUACUGCCGCUGCUGCAGGGAGCCCGGGCUGCUUCUCCACUGCGGGUGUUGGACGUGGGCUGUGGAACCUCCAGCCUGUGUACAGGCCUCUACGCCAAGUGCCCGCACCCUGUGGAUGUGCUGGGGGUGGACUUCUCUCCUGUGGCCGUGGGCCACAUGAACAGCCUCCUGGAAGGUGGCCAAGGCCAAACACCCCUGCGUCCUGGGCACCCUGCCUCCCGCCUCCGCUUCAUGCAGGCUGAUGCCCAGAACCUGGAGCCAGUGGCUUCCUCGGGCUCCUUCCAGCUAGUGCUGGACAAGGGUACUUGGGAUGCUGUUGCCCGGGGUGGUCUGCAGGGGGCUUACCAGCUGCUGUCAGAAUGUCUGAGGGUCCUAAGCCCCAAGGGGACCCUGAUUCAGUUCUCGGAUGAGGACCCUGACAUACGCCUACCCUGCCUGGAGCAAGGAUCUCAAGGCUGGGCCGUAGCUGUGCAGGAGCUCGGUCCUUUCAGGGGCAUCACCUACUUUGCUUACUUGGUUCAAGGCUCUCAUUAAAGACUUUUAAUCCUGA